AUGCCCUUCUCGCAUCAUAGUCACUCCGGCCAGUUCUGCGCCCAUGCGGAGAAUACGUUGGAGGAGGUCGUCCAGCAAGUCAUAUCUAAGGGCUUCCGGGUGCUAGCCCUGACGGAGCACAUUUACCGUCCGGAAGAGGACUUCUACCCCGAAGAACAAGGGGUAUAUACAGCAGCGUCCCUGAAGGAGAGAUUCUCAGACUAUGUGGUUGAGGCCUGCCGUCUCCAACAUCUAUAUUCUUCGAAGAUCCAGAUCAUCAUAGGGUUCGAAGCGGAAUGGAUCAGGCCCUCAAGCGAAGACGACAUCAGGGACGUAUUGAGCCAAUAUGCGGGCACCAUACAAAUGUUUCUCGGCUCCGUCCAUCACGUACUGGGCUGCCCGAUUGAUUUCGACAGGGAGAAAUACGAGCAGGCGCGAGAGAAGGCAGGAGGCACGGAUGAGCAAUUAUUCCUCCACUACUUCACUGAGAUGAACGUCAUGCUACGGGCCUUGAACCCGCCCGUAGUUGGGCAUUUCGACCUCAUACGCCUCAAGAGCGAUAGCCCAAACACACAGUUUGAGGGCAUGGAAGCUGUAUGGGAACGCAUACGAGACAAUCUCGAAUAUAUCGCUUCAUAUGGUGGGAUUCUAGAACUCAAUUCCGCGGCUCUGCGGAAAGGCUUGGCCGAGCCAUAUCCUUGCAUGGCCGUAUGCCAGCAUUUCCUUUCACUAGGUGGGCGAUUCACAAUAUCCGAUGACAGCCACGGCAUCGCCCAAGUCGGAACGCACUACAAUCGGCUGCUUGAGUUCAUUCAGCGAGUAGGAAUCAAGGAGAUCUGGUACGCCGAUCCCACAAAGGAACGGCAAUAUGAUACACGGUUUUGCGGCUUUUCCAGCAUCGCCGUCAGAGAUCUGGAGCGAGAUCCCAUUUGGUCCGCACCAUAG